AGAGCCAUGGGGGUCCUGAUGUCCAAGCGUCAGACGGUGGAGCAGGUCCAGAAGGUCAGCCUGGCAGUCUCGGCCUUCAAGGACGGCCUGCGGGAGCGUCCGGCCGCCAAGCGCAAGUCGGAAGGCACCAUCAUCACCCGCCGAGGGACCCUGGAGGACACCGUCCAGGAGCUGAAAGAGGAGGACGAGGAGGAGGAUUCGGAAGCAGGGUCUUCUUCGGCCGGAUCCUCACGUGCGGCGGCCAGAGCAGCGGCCAAAGCGGCCUGGGAGAGGCUGCGAGACGGCAAAGGCAUUGAGCCAGAGGAGUUUGCUCGGAACAGGUUCUUCUCACCGCCGGCCUUUGUCCGCCCCAAACGAGGGGAGCAGGAUGACGACCCCAUCGAGAUCAGCUUGGAGGAAAGAGAGCAGGUGACCAAUGACGAGAUGUGUGAAGUGUGCGAGGUCUGGACGGCGGAAACCCUGCUCCCCUGCCGCGUCUGCACCAGGGUCUACCACGACGGCUGCCUGCGCCGGAUGGGCUUCCUACCCGACGGCAAUGCCACCGAAGUCCUGGAGACUGCCCAUACGGAGACCGGGUGGAGCUGCCACUGUUGUGACAAUCUUAACCUGCUUCUCACAGACGAGGAAAUGGGCCUCUUGUCUGAAUCCUUCAAGAAAUGCAAACUCUCCCCUGAGAGCCCACUCAGCCUGGAGGAGUUUCUGAACUACAAACGCCUGGCCGGUCAGCAAGAGGCCGAGGGUCCGAACACCAGCAAUGAAGGCGAGGGCCCCGAAGAACUGUUUACCCUCGACUUUGCAGCGCUGGACCCCGAAAAGAAGGGCUGUGUCGAAUGGGGGGACUUUCUUUCCCACGAGUCCAUCCUGCUCUUGCAAAGGAGGCGCACGCAGAACGCUCUUCUGCGCCUUCUGACCGGGAAGGAGAGGGAGAGGGCUCGAGCUGCAUUCCUGGCCUUGGAUCCACCUGAGGACGGCUUGGUCAGCGAAGGAGAGAGCCAGCGCACCCAACACUCAUGGUUUCGUAAGCGGCACAAGGAGAUGCCCUCCUGCAACGUCAGCAUCAGCCAUGUGGGGCCCAUCUCCGAGGGCAGCCCCACCACCAGCACCAGCAGCAGUAAGAGCCAGGAGAAGCUCCUCUUGAACCCAGAGCCAGAGAAGCCCAGCCGAACCAUCAACUGGUCCACUUUCCUGAGGGAGAGCACCAUCUACAUCUUAGCCGCCCGGCCCAACAGCCCCGCCAUCCACCUGAAGCCAUCUGCAUAAGAGGGCCCUUUGCCCAGUGAUGGGCUGGAAGACCAAGAGAGCUGCCCCUUGGCAAGGGACUGAGGAGCAGCCGCUGGCCCUGCCUUGCCCUCUUGGCCUCCCCGGGACUCACUUCAUUGCCAGAGAUGAGCCGCAAGGGAUCCCUUCCGCCCUUCAUGCCAAAACACUGCCGAGACCGACUGGCUGCCAGAGAGCAGUGGUGGGCUGCUUGGACCCAUGGCCAUGAGCAUUGCCUCAUCUCUUCUCCUACUGGACUUCAAGAAGCCAAACCACGGCUGGGUGGUCAAGACACAGUCAUUCUCAGUGGUCCAGCUGGCCAAAGGACCUCUUCUCUUCCCCAUUUGGUCACUGACUGGUUGAGGGCAAACAGGACCCAAAUAUCCCAGCUCUUCUCCAUCUCCUGCUUUGCUGAUGAAGAUGCAGAGUGUUCUUCUGCAGAGCUUAUGCGCCACAGCCGAUCCCUUGCUUCUGGCCCCAUCUCAGACCCAUUCUGGUUCCCAACCGGCCUCUUUUCAUGUCCAUUGGGUUAAUUGGUGGGGGAGUUCAUCACACUUUGGUGGUAUCUAGUCAGCAUCCUCAUCCGUGAUGGCCCGUUCAGGUAUUGCAAGGUUAUGGACUUGUGUGUAUGUGUUUUUGAUGACCGGUUUCUGAGACUCCCUGGGCGCAUGGAGAGGUCCCUUUGUGCCUCGCUGCCAUCCCUCCAAAGAGGGGCACCUGGGUUCCUUGCUGCAACCAACGUUGUUUCCUCCCCUCCCAAAAAAGAAGCCAUGUUUGCAACUCCUGGAGCAAAUGCAGCCUGCCUCACUGUACAGCCAGACUCCCAAGAGUUGCAUUUCAUUCCCUCUUCCUUAUCCCUUUCUUGAUUUGGGAGGCAAAGUUACAAGUAAGAAAACGUGUGGUCCAUUUGCCAAAAUGGGGAUAUCUCAGGUGCUGGGGCUUGGGGGCAAAAAUCUGAAAUUUCAGGAGAACUCUUAGUGAUGUCAGGAGGGGGGUGAUACAAACACCUGGGGAUGCAAUUCGACUUGGUGCAUUAACUAUUCCCUUAAACCGACCUUAUAGAAUAUUACGAAAGGAAAAUUCAGAAAGAGGUAAUGUUCCUGGCCCUGGAUGCUGAAAAAGCAUUCGAUAACGUUAAUUGGGAUUU